AGAGAAUGCAACGCGUGUGAUUCGUGAGAAUAGGGAGCAAAGUGGAGCGAGGAUUAGGGCGGCGGAUUAGCAGAGCCGGGCGAGGGCGAGCGAGCGAGAGAGAGAGUGUGUGUGCAUUCGAUCCACGCACACUGCCCCUAGCUAGCUCUUCCUCUCUAGAUCUCCCGCUCCCGAGUCUCCCGGGCCUGGCACCGCUCACCACCACACCACUCGCACGCACACUCUUCUCGGCUCCCGCGCACCUAUAUAUACCCCCGCUCAUGCACUCCCCAGAGUCACAGGUUCUCGAUUUGGUAGCCUGCAAGAACCGUGCUGCGCCCGCAUUGAUUCCUCGCUCCUACCUAACUCGUGGCACCUGCAGGGAAUCGCCAUCUCUUGGUCCUUUGCGAGAUCGGUGGUCGUCGAAUUGCGUCUUCCUGCAACGCGCAUGUGCUCUUCUGCUGGGUUUGUUGCUCCCCGUCUUUGAGCAGUUGUUGGACUCUGUUUCUGUUCUUGUUUUCAUAUCUCCUUCGAUGCAUUUCUCCUUCUUGAUCUCUUAGAGGUAUCUCGUCUGUCCAUACCAGCCGCAAGUUAGUCUUGCCAUCAGUAUCUUGAUGCUGAAUUCUGCUUGUCCCUACCCCAUUUCUUUGAUUUGAUCACACAUAGACAUCGAAGAAUAGAUCACGCAUCGGUCAUCUUUGAUCCUUGUCAUGUCGUUCGUUUCUUCACUCUCUUAGUUCAUGACACAGGAAACACCACACGUAUCGGGCUCCAUUUGUUGAAUUCAUUUCUCAUUCCGUGACGGACAUCGUCACCAAAGAACCUUCAUUUUCGGUCGAUUUGAUGCAAAGAAAUGGUGCAAGAACAGAGCAGCAGCCAUCACCAGCAGCUGCCUAAGUACGGCAGCGGCACCGGCGCGGCCACCGGCGUGGCUCGAGCGUCGAAGAAGAACAAGCCCAAGAAGAUCCCGCAGAGAGGCCUCGGCGUGGCGCAACUGGAGAAGCUCCGGAUCGAGGAGCAGAAGAAGAUGGAGGGAGCCGCCGUGUCGGGGACCGCGCAUGCGGCGCACUCGCACGCCCUCAGCGGCGGCGGCCUUGGCCACCUCCUCCCGCUGCGCCCUCCGCCACCGCCGGUCCCGCUGAGCGCACUGCCGAUUCCGGCCGCAGACGGCGGCGUGCACUGCGGCUUCCUGCCGGUGCUCUGGGACCCGGCGGACCCCAUGAAACACCCGCACAAGAGAAGCCUGUGUCAGCAGCAUCCACUUCCAGUGGUGAGCACGGGCUUGUCUCUGACGGCAUCGUCGAGCCACCCAAAGGAGCCCCCUUCAAACCAAAUGUACAGCAGCAGCGGUAGCAGGAGUAGCGCGGCAACGCCGGCGCCGGCUCCGGCCGAGGAGGACAGGGAGGCGGCCAGCGUGGAUAGGACUUGGCCCUUCAUGUUUGAGGGCAUGACGACGGCCGCCUUCCGGACGACGGGCAAAGGCACUCCGGCGGAGCCUAUCGCCGCCAGAGCGAUGAGAGAGGCCGGGUUUGCUGAUGUUUGUCCUGACCAGAGUAGGUUUGAGUUCAGAGCAACGAAUUAUUUCAGCACGAAAGCAAAUUAUUCAGACUGGGCAUCAGACUUUGCUCACUACAAGAACAGUAAGGAGAGUGGCUGUGCCGGAGAACCUGCCCUCCUCGCCUUGAGCGCACAGCGUGCACCCCUCAUCAAGCAACCUCACGUGAUCCCAUCACUUCACCUUCCGGAGUACAACGACUUCAGCCUCAUGCGGUCUCAGCAGGGGAGCAUUUCAGCGUCUUCGUCGCGGCCAUUCUACAGCUUCCUGCCGGCCGGUCCAGUUCGCUGCGAGGGACCCCUGAGCGAGUGCAAGGCCGACGUGUCUGACGGCGUCGAUCUGGAACUGAAGCUGUGGAAGAGCUGAUCACUGGGCUCCUCCGUCUGCUCUCCUUCCUGAUAAACAUGACACUAAAUCUGAAAUGGGAAACAGUACCUGUUGUCGAAUGUUCAGUUUGUAACCUGUGGCAUUCACGAUGUAUCAAGAGUUGCAUUCUGAAGAUGUUUUCACUUCCAAUAAACAUCUGCUGAUGGUUACCUUAGCCACCCUACUCGUUUCGAUUUCAAGCAGAGUAAAUCUUGUGUAUGAUCGUAGCAAGAAGCAUUUAUACAUGGUCCAGAUAAGCUUGUGCCAAAUGUAGUAGAGACUCAACAGAAAGGUAUCAGAUGGGAUAGAUAGGGUAGUGUUGAACCGGCAGCGGUUUCAAUAAGGAAAAGAGAGCAUGUGCAGGAUGGGGUCUGUUCU